GAGUGGUCCAGGUUUUGUCGAUCGAGCUCCUCCACGCAAAUUUGAAGCUUCAAUUCCAGUUCCAUGGCCGCGGUUUGCCUGGCUCUCGUUGCUCCUCCGCUCCGAUCCGUCCUUGUCGGUGGAUUCUUCGCUUCCCAUCUCAUCUUCCUCUGUGACGGCGACAUCGAUCGUGACGAUCCCCGGAUCAGAUGCCUUCCUUGCGGAUUCGGCGAUCUCCGUCGAAGAGGUGAAGUAUCAUUCCUUCACAUGCUCCUCCUCCAUCGCUCGAAUGGCCGCCGCUUCCUCGUCCCUCUUCCUCCUCUUCUUGAAUCUGCCUCAUCUGCUUCAGCAUCACCGAAGGCCUCAUUGUCCCGCGCUGUGUCUUCACUCGAAGAACCCCAUCAAAAGGACGAAGCUUCGCUUCCCCGCCUCCCUUAGCCCUAUUCUUUCGCCUUUGAGGCAGAAGCUCACGCCGCCGAGGCCGGAGGCGGUGGCGGAUGACGACGGUGCCGGGGCUGUCGCCCGGGAGGAACUGGACGAGGCAGAGUACUUGGCGGACGAUGGCGGCGGCAGUAACGGUGCGGGUCAUGCCGUUGGGGCUCGUCCUCGGCACGGAUCUACGCGGCUUCGGAGGAGUUCGGGGUCUGUGGAGUUGAUCUCGCUGGGGAUCAGAGAGCCCGUCUAUGAGGUUAUAGAAGUAAAAUCUGAUGGAACAAUGUCCACAAAAAAGAUUAGUCGGAGACAGUUAUUGAAGUCAAGUGGUCUUCGGCCAAGAGAUAUCAGGAGUGUUGACCCAUCAUUGUGGUUGAUGAACUCAAUGCCUUCUUUGCUCGUAAGGGAACAGGCUAUAUUGUUGAAUCUCGGGACCUUACGAGCAAUUGCUAUGCAUGAAUGCGUUCUUAUAUUUGACUAUAACCGUAAAGGUGGAAAGAACUUUCUAAAAUCAUUAUUGUCUCGCUUAAAUCCCAGAAACAUGAACAUCAGCUGUGCAAUGCCUUUUUCCCUGGAGGUUGUUGAAGCUGCAUUACUCUCUCGCAUACAAGGGUUGGAAGAGAAACUUAUGGAGGUUGAACCCCGUGUGGUGGCAUUACUUCAAGUUCUACCCAACAAACUAACAGCUGAUGUGCUAGAACAGCUUCGUCUCAGUAAACAAACCUUGGUUGAGCUUGGCUCGAAGGCAGGCGCUUUAAAGCAGAUGCUACUUGAUCUUUUAGAGGACCCUGAUGAGAUACGACACAUAUGCAUAAUGGGAUGGAAAAGUACAAUCAAGCGUGAAACUGGCGACGAGGAAUGCUCCAUUCUAUGGGACAAACAGAUUGCUGAAGAAGAAGAAGAAGAGAUUGAAAUGCUCUUGGAGAAUUGUCUUCAAAGAUGUGAAUCGUGCCAUGGGCAAGCAGAGAGACUUCUUGAUUCUGCUAAAGAAACAGAAGAUUCCAUUUCUGUGAACUUAAGUUCCCGUCGACUCGAAGUUAGUAGAGUGGAGCUGCUUCUCCAAGUUGGAACAUUCUGUGUAUCCGUAGGUGCUUUAGUGGCAGGAAUAUUUGGCAUGAACUUGAAGUCGUACCUUGAGGAGAAACUGUGUGCAUUUUGGCUGACGACGGCUGGGAUAAUAAUUGGUGCAGUGGCUGCAUUUUUCAUUGUUUACUCCUAUCUCAAAUCUAGAAGAGUAUUGUAACCUUAACCAUUUUUCAGUCGAUUUUUUCUUGUAUAGCAUGUUUUUUUCUCCAUAAAUAAGCUUUCUAAAAUGGUAAUUUCAAACAA